CUCUUCCCCACGGAAGUGAAAGGAGCACUUCCGGGUUUGGCAAUAACGUGCACCCGGCGGCGGCGUUAGAUCGGCCCUGUUGGGUCUUGCCCCGAAGCUCCGCCUUUCUCUGGUUUUUCUAGAAACCCGGCUUCGCACUUGGUGGUGUCCUACAGCGUCCCAGACGCGUGUUUGGGUCUCCCAAUGGCGGAUACGGCCCCGAACGGCCCCCAAGGGGCGGGCGCAGUGCAAUUCAUGAUGACCAAUAAACUGGACACGGCAAUGUGGCUUUCUCGUUUGUUCACAGUUUACUGCUCUGCUUUGUUUGUCCUGCCUGUUCUUGGGUUGCAUGAAGCUGCCAGCUUUUACCAGCGUGCUUUACUGGCAAAUGCUCUUACCAGUGCUCUGAGGCUGCACCAAAGAUUACCACAUUUCCAGUUAAGCAGAGCAUUCCUGGCCCAGGCUUUACUAGAAGACAGCUGCCACUACCUGCUCUACUCACUCAUCUUUGUCAAUUCCUACCCUGUCACAAUGAGUAUUUUCCCAGUCUUGUUAUUCUCUUUGCUUCAUGCCGCCACAUACACGAAAAAGGUCCUUGAUGCAAAGGGUUCAAAUAGUUUACCUCUCCUGAGAUCUAUCUUGGAUAAAUUAAGCGCUAAUCAACAGAAUAUUCUGAAAUUCAUUGCUUGUAAUGAAAUAUUCUUGAUGCCUGCUACAGUUUUUAUGCUUUUUAGUGGGCAAGGAAGUUUGCUCCAGCCUUUUAUAUACUAUAGAUUUCUUACUCUUCGAUAUUCCUCUCGAAGAAAUCCAUAUUGUCGGACCUUGUUUAAUGAACUGAGGAUUGUUGUUGAACAUGUAAUAAUGAAACCUGCUUGCCCACUGUUUGUGAGAAGACUUUGUCUCCAGAGUAUUGCUUUUAUAAGCAGACUGGCACCAACAGUUGCGUAGUUUAAUAUCCAGCUAAGUUAUAUAUAGUAGAAAUAAGCAUUUUUAGCAGUUGGUACUUCUGCUAGGGGUUGUUAAUUCCAGGUGUAAAACUGACCUCAAUCCAAUUUACAUAAAUGCAUCUCAAUGGAAAAAUUACCAUUUUCCUGGCAUGUUAAAUCAAGCCUUUUCCCAAGAAAAUUUUACUGUGCUGUGUUGUUAAUGGUUAAGGAUGUUUCUAUCUUGUGAUUAAUGUAUCAAAAAUUUUUUUAAAUGCUGCUGUGCCUUUAUCAUGAAGUACAUUUAUUUCUCUUGUAAAAGUAGCUGUAAAAUUUCUUUCAACCUAAUUGGUACCCUCAAUUUAUAUCUGGCAUGAUUUCAUUAUGGUAAUAUUAACAUACAUGAAUUCAUUAUGUUUUGAGUCCGUAUUCUUUUGCCAUUCAGUAAUUUCGGUUGAUGAUUUUAAAAGAAACAUUUACCACUGUAUUUAAUUUCAAAUUGUUAUUAAAUUGAUUUUCUGCUGCUUUGUUAGGAUAUAUUUUGGAUAUACCAUUAUAAGAGGAAUUCUGCAUGCACCUUGCAUCUUAUGCUAUGAUCUUCCAAAAUUUUUAAUGUGGCUUUGAAUAUUUUUUAAAAAGACUGAACUGUAAGCGUGUUAGCCAAUUGGGUCAAUAUAUGGGGUCACAACUGUUUUACAUCAGAAAGCCUUAGUAGUUAAUACAGUUUUCUUUCAGAGACCCAUUAAGUAACCUUCCUUAAGUAGGAAACCCUUUAACAAAUGUGGACACAUAGAUGACUAGUAGUAUUAUACCUUAUAGAAUUACUUAGAUUCUUGACUACCAAUUUUCUCGGUUUCUUAGGCUUGAAUUUUCAUAGACAGUUGCAGCAGUUCAGAUGUCUUUUGAAAGGAAUGUAACUGAAGACUGAGCAUAUGCCUGUGCUUGGUGUCUGUUCUGAAAUAAGGAAGAUUAUCCUGUAGAUACAUACUUACCCAUCAAAUCUGAUUUAAAAGUUUAAAUGGAAAGGUUUAUAGGUAAGAUAAUUGAUUGGGAAUGGGGCUGGAAGAGGAAUUGUGGGGGGAAUAGUGUGCAUUUUAAUUUUGUAACGUGUAGGUAAAUUUGGGAGUCUUGGGUGUAUUAUGCAGCUGUGAUUUGAGUUGUAUAAUAUGUUAAAUCCUGUUUGUUGAGCUGCCAUCAACUUCUUUAUAAAAUUCAUUCUGAUCUUUAUUACUGUUGCAUGAUUGGGAAUGUUUAAAACACUGCAAAAAUUUUAGUACACAGUAAUGUAAUGGUUUUUGUAACCAGUUGUCUUUUGUCUGCAUGUAAUUGGAUUUCUCAGAUACAUUCAUUAGUAACUUGUCAGUAACAUCAGUUUUCUUUUUGUUCAACUUUCCCAUCUCUGGAAAUGUGAUAUCUACUUGAUAGCUCAACUGUAGCCAACUGUUUUUGUAUUUUUGUAAUAUUUAUCUACUAAGUUAGAAAAGCAGCCUCAUGCAAUACAGUUGAUUGGGGUGGGUGGGUGGGUGUGUGGUUAGCCUCAUUAUCACUAUAUAUGUAAUCUGAUGGUUUUAAGAACUAAUUUUCUAGAGCAAUAAAGUGACUAUAAUGUUAAGUAAACAGUAUAUUGAUUCCUAAUGAUGUCUUUAAAAAUUAAGUCUUGAAUUAUAUCAAGAAAUUUUGGCAGCUGAAGUAUUUAUUUUUCAGUUACUAGUUUUUUUGUUUUCUACAAUUUUUUAAAAUCUUGAGAUAAUUUUAGAUUUAUAGAAGAGUUGCAAAAACAGCACAGAGGGUUCUUGUAUACCUUUUACUCAGCUUCCCCUUAUAUUAACAUCUUAUAUAACUAUACAGCAUUUAUCAAAACUAAGAAAUUAACUUUGGAACAAUACUAUUAAUUAAAGUAUAGAAUUUACUCAAAUUUCACCAUUUUUUCUGUUAAUUAAUUUUUUUCUGAGCUGUUUUUACUGGUUGUCUUUUAAUGACCUAUGAGUAUAUCUCUCUUUUGAGGUUUACUCUUUAGUUUGGAAAUUACCAUUGGUCAAAAAGAUUUUCCUAGAGGAAAUAAUUUCAUGUUGGUUUUGACAAAAAGAAUUUUAAUAUUAAAACAACAAUGUAGAAUACCCUGUGCUUUAAAAGUUGAGGCUUUUUAUCACAUAACAGGAUUAUGUUUCUGAUAUGCUCAUGUUGGACUGUUCUUUAAUGGAAGGCUUGAUUUUUAAAUAAAAUACUCCUCCACUCAUGAAAAGUAAAUUUUACAAUUUGAGCAUUACUAGAUGUUUAGUUUGCAUGAGCUUGUAGCUAAGAAUUCCAUGAUAUGUAUAUGUACAACCAGCUGAUUUGGCAUCUGGAAUUAUAGUUUAAUAUGUACAUCUAUCAAAUUAAAAUUAAGGAAAUACUGUAGCAGUAUAUGGAAUGAAUGAAGUAGGAGAAACUAUAGCAUAGCUGAACUUAAUUUUACUUCCAGGUUUAAAAAAGUUAACACCCAGAAUAUUUAAUUCUUUAGAAGUGGUGUAGUGCUAUUCUUCUUCUAGUACUUUUAGAUAUUAAACCCUCUUGGACAGGUGGAAGGAAGCCUAACAUAAAACCUACUUUUAUUAUAACAAGAAUUCUGUAUUCCUUUUGUAUACUUGAUUCUUCAUGAAUUUAAACUCUAUUUAAUAUCAGUCCAAAACUGAAAUUUCUUAAAUAAGAAUUUGUAUUUAAAUUUUCUUGGAAUAAAAUUUACCAAGGUAGAUGCUCCUGGAAGUAAGUGAAUAAUUAAAUUUAGGUAUUUAGGAACUUCCCUUACAGGAAAAAUCAAGGCAUGCUGGUAUUAAAUGAGAAGUUUUUAUGGAAGACUUAAGAGGUCUGUUUUAUAACUAUGAUUUGUAAAGCUGUCAGAAUACCUUUUCUUCCUAAAAAUCAAGAUCAAAAAUUCUGAUUAGGUUUGUAAGUUUAGGACAUGAAUAUUAUUCUAUGUGGAAAGGAAAAUGAGUGUAUAUGUAGUCAGAUAAGUGGAACCGAGGGACUUCGUUUUUUUAAAAGUUUGAGAUCAGAGUGAAUGAAAUUAGUUUUGAGGGAUUGUGGUUAAAGACUCUUAUCUAAUCCUAAGGAGUUUAUUUUGAUUAAAAUAGUUAUUCCGAAACCUUCCCCCACUCAUGUCCACCCAAAUCCCCCAAGGAUCUGCUAGCCUCAAAGCUACCACCCAAAUUUAGACCAAUUUUGAUCUGACUCUACCUCAAGGGAGAAAGUAACCACAGAUGGUUACGGGAUAUGAUCAGUAGGUGGCACUCUUUCCUCAGGUCACAGGCCCUGUUGGAAGGUUAAAUGCCACCAAAAGUGCAGAGUCAGCCAUAAAAGGAUCUGAUUUCGCCUUUUUUAAUAUGUAAUUACUCAAAAUUCAACAAAUAUUUAGUAAGCAUUUACUAUGAGUACAUAGUAAUAUUGAAACUACAUUACAUGUAUUCAGUUAUAUUGAAAUCAUAGUAAAAUAUUGAAAUGUUGAAAAGCUGGAAGAGUACCCUAUUAAUGUUUACUUUCUAGUCAAAUGGUAAUAUAGGCCACAGUUAGGUGCGGCAUUAUUCAGAUCAUGGGCCCUGUGUUGUUUUUUUCUUUAUAAAGAGUGCCUAAAUCACCUAAAUAUACAUCAAUUAUGAAAUUGUUCUUUCUCCUUAAUUUUCAGCUGUGUAGAAAAAUGGUACUUAAAAUUUUUUCAUGGUCAUUCUGUAGGUACACAAGGUAAGGCCAGUUUAACCUCUUAAAAUUUAGACUUUUCAUGGUAAUAUAAAAGCAUACUGAGAGUUUUGGUUAUUGUAUCAAGAAUAAUAACCUAGACUUGUAAAUUCAGUUUGAGUUGCAGAGACAACUAGUUUCUCUUUUAUACCUCGUUGGAAUUUCUCUAGGAUUAGGAGAAUUCUGCAGAGGCUGUAUGAUAAUGUAGUUUAAUAGGUAGUGUGCCAAAGGUAUAUGUUUAUAAAUCCAGGAGUCUUUUCCAGGGUUUGUUUUAAUGAGCAGCCCUCUUCUAAUAUUCAGAGUGGAAAGGUGUUAACUGGAUCUGGUAUUAAGGUUAAGAAAGGAACUGCUGAAAGUUUGGAAGGAUUCCUGGUAGUAAUUAUUCUAGGACAUGUGUACCUUCUAAGGUGGUAUUCAGGUGGGUUCUUAGAAGGAACCUGUUUUUUCUGUGUGAGGGAUAAACUCUAGAGUGCUCUUGUGCAGUGCAAAUAGGAAAACUGCUUUGAGUUUGAGUUGAUGUGAUGAGAUAAAGUACAGUAUUGUUAAAAUCUAAAGCAGAUUCUGUUUCUUAGGAAAGUGAUAAAAAAUUGAUAGAUACUUUUGCUGGAAUCUAAAAAUUAACUCCUAUUAAAGGAGAAGGAAAGUCUCAAGAGUCAUUUCACAUUUUCCUUCAUAGUGUUCUUAAAGCUAACUUUUUGAUAUGCUCAGUCCUUUUAAACUAAUUUUUUUCCUUGGUUCAUGACAGUUGAAUUCCAGAUUUUCUUUUGUACCUAUAAAGCAGAACAAUUGCUUUUGACAUGAAUUUUUGCUUACAUAUAUAUAUGUAAGUUGAGACCAAACGGUCAAAGUCUUGGCCAGGUAACAUUUGUGAUGUGUCUAUAUUGGAACAAAUGUUAAAAGGGUCACAAAGAUUAGAAAGAGUCAUAAAAAACUGCUUGAUUUAUAAAUGCAUUAGUUCUGGUGCUCCAUAUAAUGGGAUAUAUUGAACUAAAAAAUUUGUAUAUAUAGUUUAUGUCAGCGUUUCUUAGUAACUUCUCGAAUCCAUUUUUAAUAUCUAAUAUUGUACAGGUUGGGGAGUUAUACUCUUCAGGCCAAUACUAUCCAGACUGUAUAAACUUAUAAAAUAAAUUGAAAAAUUCAUCAUUCUCCUAUAUUCAAGACCAACGAACAUAAAUGCUAAUGUAGGGCUCAGAGGGGAAAUAUAUUUCUCCUGAAUAUUUGAGAAAAUGUGAGUCCUUUCAAGAAAAUCUAAUAAACAUAAUAAUCAUAGCCUGCUGACAUUAAGGAAAAAGGACCUCAUUGCUCUUUCUUUUAUGCAGCGAUUUACUGGUCCCUACUGAUUUCCAAAUUGGGUCACUGUAGUAAAUUAUCUAUGCUGGUACCUGUGAAAGUAAGCCCUGGGAUCCAUAUUUGUUUUGCGUUCUGCUUAAAUCAGCAAGAAUGAUAAAUUUGAUGGUGUGAAAUUGAAAGUGUCAAGGGCUUUCUUUGGUGACUGAACAAAAUGAUGUCUCCACUUUAAUUUAUUGUGACCCUUUUUCACUCUGUGUGCUUUGUAUAUCUAAUAUUUAUUUCAAUACAAAUUAAAUUCUUGUUCCUUCAUCUGUAUUGUUAUAUACCUAAGAUUUUAUUGAUGUAAAAAUCGAGUUGUGUAAUAAAAAUCUCUCUGGAUUUAA